AAACGCCUAAUAAGAAAAACCCAAAGCCAAAACUAAAAGGAGAGGAGCAUGUGAGUUUUGCCAAGAUGUCGUUUUAAAGAAAAAAAAAAUUAUAGCCAGCCAAGAAAAUUUCAGUUAACUGAUGACACACAUUUCUUUUCUCUUUUUUUUUUUUCCAAUUUUGGGAGGCUUAGAACAAUUCACCAACACUGUACACAGGAAAAAGAACAAUGAUUACGAUUAGAUAUUGCUGUAGAAACAGAUAUCAGGUAUAGAAAGACAGAUAGGUAAGAGAGAGAGAGAGAGCCUUUACAUGGAAAUGCGAAGAGCCGCAAAGAGAGCUGAAGAGAGUAGAAAGAGAAGGAAGAAGAAAAAGCGGUUCUUGGAAUAAGAAAAAGAGAUUUGGGUUUCUGAUUCUUUUGCUGUCUCUUUGUGUUUUAGAUUGGUUGGUUUGAGUUUUGAGCUGGGUUCUGCUCCAUUUUUAUGUUUGAUGAUCAGGAACUUUACUGGAUGGUAUAUUGGAGUAUCGAAAAGCCUGAGCCAGAGCUACCUAUUUCUCUUUCCUUGCCAGGCUGCCAGGAUGAAAGUAGAUAUGGUGAUUUGCCCUUCUGUUCAGAUAGGGAAUUCAGCUGCACAAUUCGGUGAAAUAGGUGCUGUUGAAAUGGGGGUGGAUUUAGUUUAUAGAUAACGAUACUUAUGCCAUGUAUUUACAAAUGCAGUAGCCAAGAUUGCUUCUUUUCAUCUGUGAAAGUUUAUUAGUUUGAUAAACACCGGGCAAAAUGAAUUUCAUUGUUUCUUUAGUAAGUUAAGCAUUAAUGCACAUAAGGAAUCCAGUGCACAAGAGUUGAUAAUAAAAUAACUAAAAGAAGAGCUCUCUUUAAAAUUUCAAAGGAGGAUAUUUAAAAUGGGCUUGCCUCAAGUUUCCUCCAGUGGUAUUGCCGAGGAAGUGGCUGCAUCGCUGAGCACAUUUGUGCAGACCCCACACAGAAUUGUUGGUGUGAGCAGCUGUGAUUUAAUAGGGGUGCAGGGAGGAAUCCUAGGAAAUCGAAUUCAGGUGGAUUUGCCACGCUCUUCAUUUGGAGAUUUGCAAAGAAAAACCACAGGGGAGCAUCCAAAGGAUCCUGAGACUUUGAAUGUGAAUAAAGAUGGUAGAUCCAACAUUUAUAGGCUGAAGAUUGGCACUAUGGAACAAAAUGGCUGGCUCGCCCAUAAAAGUGGACAUAAUAUUCAGAAACCUGUUCCUCGAAUUCUUGGUUUUGAAACAAGGGCAUUGCAUUCUCCAGUUGAUGUGUUCAAUGGAGUCCAAACUUCAUCCACUGUUGUUAGCAUCACCAGUAAUGCAGCUGAGUCUAAUGGCUCACUAGCAAGGAAGCGCUUAUUGUCUCCUUUGAGUGGAAUGCUCUGCCCUGAUGAAUUUAAUGGUGAUGCUUUGGAUAUUGGUGGUGGUAUCAACCAAAGUGGUUUUGGCAGUGGAACUGAGAACUGCAGUAUUUAUGUGUCACAAGAGCAUAAAAAGGCUCAUAUUGGCAACUCUAGCUCUUUAGACGCUGCAGUCUGGUCGACAUCUUGUUUUCCAGAAUGGAAGAAUUCUCCAGAUGAUAAUUGUGGAGCAAACUCAAUGUUCCUCUCUGAUGGCCCUCUGCUAAAGAAUAAGGAGCUGAAAUCUGACAAUCAUUUUGUACCUACUACCCCAGGGCUCAAUUAUUCUGGGGAAACAAAUAAAAAAAGGUACCAAACACUGGCUAUAGCAAUACCCGUUAAGAAGGCAGCCUCACCUCCCUUGUCUUUGUCUCCUCUUGGUCCAAAAUUUACUGAAAGAAUAAAACAUGCUAAAGGAUGCAGGGAUGUGGCAGAAAAACUAGAUGAUGAUUAUAUGACCUUCAAGGAUAUGGAGCAGUCUCUUAAUGGAAUGGUAUCAGUACAGACAGAUAAGGAUUUUAGGUUGUCAAGUAAAUCAUUUCGUCAUUUUGAAGAUUUGCAGAAUAGGUUUGAUCCAUGUUCUCCUGAGCUUACCUCUGCCGUUGGUCCUAAAACUGGCAAAUUAGUUAGAAGUCUUAGUGGACACUCUGUCAGAAGGUCCUUGGUUGGUUCAUUUGAGGAGUCACUGUUAUCUGGUCGGUUGUUAUCUGGAAAAGUUAGUCAGAAAAUUGAUGGCUUCCUCGCAGUUCUCAGUAUCACUGGGGGGAAUUUCUCCCCACAAUCACAGAAACUUCCAUUCACAGUAACUAGUGUUGAUGGAGAUAACUACUUGCUCUAUUAUUCAUCAAUAGAUCUUGCUAGGCAUAUCUCAACAAACAAGUGUAGGGGCUCAAAAAUGAAAAGGAGCUUGAGCAUGGAUGAUUCACAAGCUGAAAACCGCCGCCUUCGCGUGCCCAUGAAGGGGCGGAUACAAUUGGUGUUAAGCAAUCCAGAAAAGACACCCAUUCACACCUUCCUUUGUAACUAUGAUCUGACUGACAUGCCUGCUGGUACAAAGACAUUUCUGCGCCAAAGGAUUACUUUGGCACCUGCUGCCGCAACUAAUAUACCAGGGAAAGAAAGACAUCAAAGUUCGGAGGUUAAAUAUGAUGUCAAAGCAUCUCCCAUCCAGAAUAUAAAUAAUUCUUCUCCAUUUAGCGGAAAAUUUCAUACUACCAGAUAUCCUGAUCAGAAUAUGAAAGAUAUAGAAUGUGAAACUGCCGGACGUGUUGGGAACCUAGACAAUGAUUCCAGUGGUUUGAACAUUAGUGAACUUAUACAAACUGACAAAGACAACAGCCCAUUAAAUGCUGGCAAUGUAAAUUUAAACAAAUUUGUACAUAGCUCAUCAAGGGUCAAUGAGAAUACUAUUGGUACUGGUGUUCUGCGCUAUGCUCUUCAUGUCCGUUUUUUGUGCCCUUCCCCCAAGAAAUGUUCAAAGUCUGUCCGAAGGUGCAAAUCUGAUCCUCUGUCUGAGCCAGCGGGAACCAUGAACAUUGACAGGGAGAGACGCUUCUACUUGUAUAGUGAUAUGAGGGUGGUUUUCCCACAGCGCCAUUCAGAUGCGGAUGAGGGUCAGUUACAUGUGGAGUAUGAUUUUCCAUCAAAUCCAAAGUACUUUGACAUCAGCAGCUAAAAUGGCCCAUGGGUUCUCUUCCCUAAACUGCCGGUUAACAUUUCUGUACGUAUCUGUAAAUGCAGUUUCUCUCAUUUAUCCGUUUGAGUCUGAUGGGGGCAAUAACCCCAUUUCUUUGUACAUAAUUUUUGUUUUUAUAUUUGAAUAAUUCAAUAAUUAGACAAUUUCAUUUAUUGAAUCAUCAUGAUCUUUUUUUUUUCCCA